UUUUUUUUCAUAACCCCUUUCUCUUCUCCAUCCUCCACACGCAUCCAUCGACCAUGCCUACCAACAAGGAGUUGUCUGCUGCCCUGGAUAUUGAGGGCACCGUCCCUAUCCAAAGCGUCCAACUCGAUGCUAUGGUCGUUCUCAAGAUUGUCAAGCACUGUCGUGAGUUUGCCCCUUCAACUGUCACUGGUCAGCUGAUGGGUUUGGAUGUCAAUGGCGUCCUCGAGGUCACUCACUCGUUCCCCAUGCCUAAGAACCAAGAGUCCGAGGAUUUUGAGGGAUCUCAAUAUCAGUUGCAGAUGAUGCGCUGUCUCCGUGAGGUCAAUGUUGAUGAUAAUUCGGUUGGUUGGUACCAAUCGGCUCAUCUGGGUAACUUUAUGAACCAAUCCUUGAUCGAGCAUCAGUUUGAGUUCCAACAGGCUUUGAACAAGUCUGUCCUUAUUAUUCACGAUGUUGCUCGCUCAUCCAUGGGUAACCUUAACCUUCGUGCACUUCGUCUGACUCCCUCGUUCAUGAAGCUUUACAAGGAAAAGAAAUUCACCACUGAAGCUCUUGCAAAGGCCAAGUUGACGUUCUCCAACAUCUUUGAGGAACUUCCUAUUACAAUCCGCAACACCGCUCUCUUGAACGCUCUCCUCUUUGAACUUGAGACUCCGAAUGAGACUGCAGAGAUCUCAACAUCACACUUGACCACUUACAAAAAUAGCACCCUAACCAACGCCACCAAGAAGAAGAACAAGUCAGUACUGACACCUAGCUUCGAUAUGCUCGACUUGAGUUUGGAUCCUUAUGUGGCCAAGAACUUGGAAAACUUGAUGGAUACGAUUGAAGAUCAUCAACAGGAACAGGGCAAUUAUGCUUACUGGCAACGCAGUGUUGAGCGUGAGAACAAGAAGAAGGCUGCUUAUCUCGCCAACAGAAAAACUGAAAACGUACGUCGCGCUCAGGCUGGUCAGGCUCCUCUUCCUAAUGAGGAUGUGGAUGCGAUGUUCAAGCUCCCAGCUGAGCCUAGCCGCUUGGAUCAUCUCCUGAUUUCGGGACAGAUCGACACUUACUGCAAACAGAUCAACCAAUUCGCUGGACCAACGUUAGGAAAGCUAUUUGCUGCUGGCGAGUUGCAGAAGUAAAGAAACGAAAACAGGAAGUUGAAAAUUGUCUGUAGAACCAUUGGAUGAAAAAAAUAAAAAAAAAGGAAGCAUGGGAUAGAAGUAAUAAAAUAGAAGGCUAUUGAUGUGUAGUAG